AUGUCCUUUAGCACUCAAGUGGCAUCCGAAGAUGGAGAUGAAUCCGGCCGAUUCGCCACACUCUCCCCAGACAAUCAAGCAGCACAAGAUGCCUUGCGCGACGUGGUGAACUCAUUGCGUGAAGAUGGAGGCGACGACGGCUACCAAUCCAGCUUCAUCGAAGAAGCUGCACCAGCUUCUGGCCCCAAUAGCCAAGCUCCUAAUUACCAAUUCGUUCUCUCCUUCGAUCAAUUCCCCGGCGGACCCGACGGAAGCUGGGAGUUCGGCGCAGGCUCGUCGGCAGGAUUUUACCGUGAUGUCGACUUGCUCCUCUGUCCAUUGAGGGCAUUGGACUCAUUGGACGAUGCACCGACAGAUGAUCGAAUCAACCCUACAAUUGGGCUAAUCUCGUUACACCCCAAGUCUGGAUCCUUCCUCCUCGAAGCCAUGAGUGAAAAGCACCCCAUUACCUACCUUUCUGGCGACGGCAACACCGACACCGUGCUACACCAUGGCCAGACUUCGGUUCUACAUAUGACCCGGAAUCGGUUUCGCUUUGGCCCGUUCCAGUACCUACUCGAGUUCCACACUCAACACGAGAGCCGUUUCGUGGCGGCGCGAAACAGGUAUAUUGCGGACAACAUCUUGCCCCAUGGCGGCAUGGAUAUUUACCCGCAACUUGACCCUCUUCCCCGGCAGGGACACCACCGAGUGCGAGACAGUGUUUUCCAUCGCACCAUGGCAUACGGUGCAUUUGGCAUGGUCAAGUCGGGUGUGCACAUGCGGACCGGCGAUGCAGUUGCGAUUAAGACUCUACACUGCAAAGCGCGGCAAAUUCCAUCUGUGCGAAAUGAGCUUAACCUUGCCGCAUCUUUCACGCCAGACACAAUUGGUAUCAUACCAACUUUCGACACUUGGUGCGAACAUGGUCUUUCCCCGCCCUGUUUUGGCACCGCCAUCGAAGACGUCCAUCUGGCAAUGCCACUUGCCAGAUAUGAUUUUGACUCUACACCUUGGGCAGACGUAGACCCAAAAACACGGCUUGGCCUCUUCCACCAGACGCUGCAGGGACUAGAGGCAAUACACGAUGCCGGGAUCAUGCAUCGUGAUAUUUCGCCUAGGAAUCUGCUCGUCCUGUCCCUCGAUCCGCCCGAAGCCAGUAUAUGUGACUUUGGCAAAGCGUUGCGCUCCGGCAAGGGUCACGAUACGACUAUUGGACCGAUUGACACAGUGGCGCCAGAAGUCUGGACCUCGAAGGAACGAGGGUAUUCCAAUGCCAUCGACAUCUGGAGUUUGGCAUACACGUGGCUUUGUUCGCUGCAGCGACCAACGAACUUAAGGCACAAUGCAAAGACAGACCUGCAACGGCACAAGAAACUAAUUGCCACUCUUCUGGCAUGUGAUAUAUCACCUGCGUUGCGGAACUUGAUGCGCGAUAUGCUGUCAUUUGACCCCCGUGAUAGGCCGACUGCAACGGAGGCACUGGUCCAUGAGUUAUGGGAGGAGAUCGAAGAGCUACAGGCCGGGAGCCCUGAGCUUGGGCUGCGACACCCUGAAAUUCCGGCAAAGAAGAGACCGCGCCUUGAUGAUGCUUCAGCUUCAGCGGAUCUUGGCCCGUUGGCAAAGAGCCACAAGAUGGUUGCUUCUUUGCCUGAUACUCUACCCUGGACCUCUGGGUCGGGAUCGGCUGGUGAGGGCGGGAACGACGGAGGAUGA